AUGAUGAUUUCCUUUGAUCAUUGUGAUGCGCUUCCAUUGCCCAAGAAACACAAGAAACACCACAAGCACAAAAAAAACAAGAAUCAGACAUCAACCGAUACACCCAAAAAUGCUACCACAGGGUCGACAGGUAGCGAUUCCGUAGUACCAACGCCAGCUGGUAAAGACAAAAACGUGACCAAAGUACCCACAGGGAAUACUCAAGAUACUACUGUUACCCUUCCUGCAGGCCAAAAUGGAACCACAGUGCCAACCACUCAAGAUACUACUGUUACCCUUCCUGCAGGCCAAAAUGGAACCACAGUGCCAACCACUCAAGAUACUACUGUUACCCUUCCUGCAGGGCAAGAUGCAACCACAGUGCCAACCACUCAAGAUACUACUGUUACCCUUCCUGCAGUCCAAAAUGAAACCACAGUGCCAACCACUCAAGAUACUACUGUUACCCCUCCUGCAGUCCAAAAUGAAACCACAGUGCCAACCACUCAGGAUACUACUGUUACCCUUCCCGCAGUCCAAGACGCAACCACAGUGCCAACCACUCAAGAUACUACUGUCACUCCUCCUACAGUUCAAAAUGCAACCACAGUGCCAACAAAAGAUACUCAAGAUACCACUGUUACUCCAAAUCAAAAUGCAACCACAGUGCCAACAGGAGAUAAUCUAGAUACAGCUACUGUUACUCCUCCUACAGAGGAAAACAAGGAAAAUAAAGAAAAUAAAGAAAAUAAAGAAAAUAAAGAAAAUAAAGAAAAUAAGGAAAAUAAGGAAAAUAAAGGCAAGAAGAACAAGAAGAACAAGAAGAACAAGACAGAUAAGAAGGAUAAGAAAGACAAAAAGGAAGGAAAAACUCCACAAGGUCAAGGAGAUAAUGGAGAGCAGUCUGUUGUAAAGACCAACACGCUCAUUGCAAGCUUGGCAAGCAAAACUACCUAG